AUGGGGUCCAUUCUCGAGGAGCACAACGUGCGGCUGCUGGGUUCGCCGGACUCCUCGGCGUCGGAGCUCGUGGUGCUAGGCCACGGGUUCGGAACAGACCAAUCCGUGUGGCAGCACAUCGUGCCGCACCUACUAGACGACGACUACCGCCUCCUGCUCCUAGACCUCAUGGGCGCGGGGUCGACCAACCCGGACAACUUCUCCUUCGCGCGCUAUUCGUCGCUGCACGGGUACGCGGACGAUCUGCUGGCGAUUCUGGAGGAGGUGGGCGCGCAGCAGUGCACGUACGUGGGGCAUAGCGUGUCGGGCAUGAUCGGGUGCAUUGCGGCCAUUGCUCGCCCCGAGGCGUUCAAGAAGAUUGUGCUCAUCGGCGCGUCGCCCAGGUACUUGAACGACGUGGAUUAUUUCGGGGGCUUCGAGCAGGAGGAUCUGAACCAGCUGUUCGCCGCCAUGCACUCCAACUUCCGUGCGUGGGUAUCCGGCUUCGCGCCCCUGGCAGUGGGCGCGGACAUCAACUGUGCGGCGGUGCAGGAGUUCAGCCGCACCUUCUUCUGCAUCCGCCCCGACAUCGCUCUCUCCGUCUCCAAAACCAUCUUUCAAUCCGACAUGCGCUCCAUCCUGCCGCAGGACCUGGCGGUGCCGGUGGCCGUGGCGGAGUACAUGCACGCGCACCUGGGCGGCAAGAGCGUCGUCGAGAUCUUCCCCACACACGGCCACUUGCCACAGCUCUCUGCGCCCCACAUCGUCAUCCCCGUUCUCCGCCGCCACCUCCGGGGCAACCUGAGACAUGUAGCAUACGGGGACGUGAAAAAGGUGGAAGGGGAGGAGGGGAGGGAGGGGGGAGGUGGGGAGGACAGGGAGGAGAAAGGGGGGGCGUUAGCAGCACCUGCCACAGCUCUCCGCACCGACAUCAUUAUCCCCGUGCUCAGAUGCGCGGCCACCUGCAGCUCGCUUUAG